CCGAAGAACAGCGGCGGCGGCGGCAGCGGCAGCAGCAGCAGGAGCAACAGCAGCUCCGGGCGGGAGACAUGGACGAGGAAGAGGCGGGGGACGGAUCGGGUCCGAGCGAGGAGGCCUUGCAGCUGAACCUGGGCGAGCUGGACCUGACCUCAGAUGAGUUCAUCCUGGAUGAAGUGGACAUUCACAUCCAGGCCAAUUUGGAGGAUGCUCUGGUGCAGGAGGCGCUGAAGACGGGGGUGGACCUGAGGCACUACUCCAAGCAGGUGGAGCUGGAGCUGCAGCAGAUCGAGAACGCCUCCAUCAAGGACUACAUCAAGGAGAGCAAGAACAUUGCAUCACUCCACACGCAGAUCACGGCCUGUGACGCUGUCCUGGAGCGCAUGGAGGCCAUGCUGAGCUCCUUUCAGUCAGACCUGAGCAGCAUCAGCUGUGAGAUCCAGACCCUGCAGGAGCAGUCGGUGGCCAUGAACGUCCGGCUGCGCAACCGCCAGGCCGUGCGGGGCCGCCUGUCCCAGCUGGUGGACGAGCUGGUGGUGCCCAACAUCAUGAUCAGCACCAUCCUGGAGUCGCCCGUGACGGACCAGGCCUUUCUGGAGCAGCUUCACGAGCUGAACAACAAGAUCAACGCCGUCAAGGAGCAGGCUUUCCGUGAGACCAUGGCCUGUACGGACGUGACCGACAUCCUGGACAAGCUGAAAGCCAAGGCAGUAGCCAAGAUCCGGGAAUUCAUCCUACAGAAGAUCUACUCCUUCCGCAAGCCCAUGACCAACUACCAGAUCCCCCAGAAUGCCCUGCUCAAGUACAGGUUCUUCUACCAGUUCCUGCUGGGCCACGAGCGCUCAGUGGCCAAAGAGGUCCGGGACGAGUAUGUUGAGACCAUGAGCAAAAUCUACCUCAGCUACUUCAAGUCCUACACCAGCCGCCUCAUGAAAGUGCAGUACGAAGAAGUGGCCGAGAAGGACGACCUCAUGGGGGUAGAGGACACGGCCAAGAAGGGCUUUUUCUCAAAGCCGUCCCUCCGGAACCGGAACACCAUUUUCACGCUGGGGAACCGGGGCAGUGUCAUUGGGGGGGCCGAGCUGGAGGGCCCCAUCAUCGUCCCCCACUCUGCCCAGAAGAGCGACGUCCGGUACCCCUUUGAGUCCCUCUUCCGCAGCCAGCACUUCGCCCUCCUGGACAACAGCUGCCGCGAGUAUCUCUUCCUCUGCGACUUCUUCCUGGUGACGGGGACCCCCGCCCUGGACCUCUUCAACGCCGUCAUGGGGAAGACGCUCACCAUGUUCCUCAAGCACAUGGACGCUUAUGUGAGCGACUGCUACGACAGCAUUGCCGUCUUUCUCAGCAUCCAUAUCGUCCUCCGCUUCAAAACCAUCAUGGCCAAGAGAAAUGUCCCCGCCAUCGACAAGUAUUGGGACACCCUCCUGGAGAUGCUGUGGCCGCGCUUUGAGCACAUCCUGGAGCUGAACAUUCAGAGCAUCCAGAACACCGACCCCCAGAAGCUGGGCUUCCUCGACACCCGGCCCCACUACAUCACCCGGAGGUAUGCAGAGUUCUCUUCGGCCAUCGUCAGCAUCAACCAGACGUUCCCCAACGACCGGACGCUGACUCUGCUGGGGCAGCUACAGACGGAGGUGGAGAAUUUCGUCUUGCGGGUGGCGGCUGAGUUUUCCUCGCGCAAGGAGCAGCUCAUCUUUCUCAUCAACAACUACGACAUGAUGCUGGGCGUCCUCAUGGAGCGAGCGGUGGAGGAGAGCAAGGAGGUCGAGGGAUUCCAGCAGCUCCUGAACGCUCGGACGCAGGAGUUCAUCGAGGAGCUCCUGGCGCCCGGCUUUGGGGGGAUGAUUGCCUUUGUGAAGGAGGCGGAGGCGCUGGCAGAACGAGGCCAAGUGGAGAGGCUGCGCGGGGAGGAAGCCCGGGUGACGCAGCUGGUGCGUGGCUUCGCGGGGACCUGGAAGGCAGCGGUGGAGUCUCUCAGCCAGGACGUGAUGCGUUCCUUCACCAACUUCAAGAACGGCACCACCAUAAUCCAGGGGGCUCUGACGCAGCUGAUCCAGUAUUACCACCGCUUCCACAAGGUCAUGGCGCUGCCCCCCCUCAAAGCCCUCCCCGUCCGCUCCGAGCUCAUCAACAUCCACCACCUGAUGGUCGAAGUCAAGAAGCACAAACCCAAUUUCUGAGCUGGGGGGGGGUGGCUUUGUGCAUGGCGGGUUGUGUUUUGGGGGGAGAGGCCAUAUCCCUGCUUCACCCCCCACCCCCUCUCAUCACUCCAUGAUCUCCGUGGGGGGGGGGCAGCCCUGUUUGGGGACGGUGUCUCCUGUUUGUCUCUCUGUCUUGCUUUGUACAGUGGAAAUAAAUUCUCUAGCAACUCA